CUCUGAUCGUGAUCGUGGAGAGCUGCCAAGCUCAACACUAUCUCAUGACAUGGCCAAGUGCCGACUGGGGAUCUUGACACUCCUGUUUCACGUCGCACUAGUCUGUGCUAUCACUUGGGAUGCGGCUCCCUCUACCACGUUCGAUGCAUCAACUUUGACCACAGAAACUCUGAGCCAAGCCCUUAGUGCAACACCAGCUCCAGCAGUCGUUAUCAACGGGACGACCUAUGAACCUCCAAAUUUGUGUGGUUACGUGGAAUAUAGUUCAGGUCCACAUCAUAAUUAUUCCAUCUUUGGCUGCGAAGCGACCCGUAUCUUCGGACGAUACAAAGUCCACCUCACCUACUCAGGGCAAACCACCACGGGACACCUACCACGCUACCUCGGCGACGAUGGUGUCAUCACUUACGGAACCCGCAUCCCAAAGAACACCACCUCAUCAUCAACAUCCUCAGCAGCAUCAACCGGGUCCACCGAUCCCUUCCUCGUAGCAACGCUAUCAAGCUCUGUCACAGACGGAACUCAACCAACGGGAUGGGGAAACGGGAAUUGGACAGCGUGUUUGAACGGAAGCUACUGUCAAACGGGCAAAUCGAGAUGGGUAGAAGCACAGAUUCGAACAGAGAUAAUUGCUGGGAGUGUGAUUGGAGGCUUUAUGUUCCUUAUCGCGGCGGGGUUACUGAUCUGGUUGUUCUUUGCGUGGAGGAGGCUCAAGAAGGCGAAGUUAAAACAUGAGAGUGAGCCGAAGGAUGUAAGAUUACAGGAGAUGGGGAGAGAAAGUGUGAUUACGAGCGAAGCGAGUGGAUCGGUUGGGAGCAGUGCAAUUGGUAGCAGGAGGAUGUCUUCCAGGACGGUGUCGAUUUCGAGGGAUGCGGUGAUGAGAGAAAGGGAUAGAGAGGAGGUGAGGAGUCCCGUUAGUCCUGUGAGUGAGGUCGGGAGCGCAUAUAUGUCGAGGGGAACGUCAACGUUGGAAGUUUAUGAUGAGAUUUAUGAUGAUGAAGAUGAGCAUCGCGGAAGGCCAUUGGAGAUACCUGCAUUGGUAUUAUCAGAAGCUCCGGAGAACGUGCCAGUGGAGGAGAUAGAAGAGAUUUAUGAGGCUGAGAAUACGGAUGGAGAAGGCCGGUUAACGGUGCCUGUGGCUGAAAUUCCAGAAGCUGCAAAGAAUGCGCCGGCAGAUUCACCAGUGGAGGACCCAACGGAAGCGAGGGUGGUACCGCCGCUAGAGAGCGAGACGACGACGCCGGUUUUGGAGAAGACGGAACCACAUGCAUCAUAG